AUGAACCGGUCAGCGCCUCUCGAGUGCGACACGGAUGUGGGCGUGCCCGACUCCGACAAGCUGUUCCGGUUCGUCGUGCAUGGAGUACUCCUCAACGCCAUCGGUGCCGGCGGACUCCUUGGCAAUGCGCUCUCAGUGCUCGUGCUGUCGCGCCCACAGAUGCGAUCCUCCAUCAACUGCCUGUUAGUAGGCCUCGCGGCCUGCGACACCGUACUCAUUUUUACGUCAGUUCUGCUAUUCGGACUCACAGCUAUUUACCCGUAUACCGGAGCACUCAGAUACUAUUACUACCACAUAUGCCCACAUUUGACACCGUACGCGUAUCCACUGGCAAAUGUGGCACAAACGAUGUCGGUCUACCUCACGCUGAUAGUAACAGUGGAGCGAUGGGUGGCAGUUUGUCAUCCCUUUCGGGCGAAGGCUCUCUGCACGUCGUCGCGAGCACGUUGGUAUGUGCUCGGCACUGCAACAUUUGCUUUCGCUUACAAUGCACCCAAAUUCUUCGAGGCAGAAGUAGUUCCAGAGGGCGGUCCGGAAGCUGGAGAAGUAAUAUAUUGCGUACGGGCAGACGUGGACUUCCGCACCGAUAGAUACGUGGCAGUGUACAUACAUUGGAUGUACUUGGUGGUCAUGUAUAUUGUACCUUUCUCGGCUCUCGCAGCUCUCAACGCUUGUAUCGUCCGUCAAGUCCACCGCGCGCAAGCAGAACGAGCAAGACUGUCUCGCGUGCAACGUCGAGAACUGGGUCUGGCCACUAUGCUACUUGUCGUCGUUCUAGUUUUCUUUCUUUGCAAUCUGUUGCCACUCGUGACCAACGCAUUUGAAGUAUUUCUCGGAGAUGAGUUCGACAACCUUGAUCCACUCGUAAAAACGAGUAACCUUCUCGUAACCAUAAACAGUAGUGUCAACUUUGUCAUCUAUGUUAUUUUCGGAGAAAAAUUCAAACGAGUGUUUCUAAAGAUUUUUUGCGCGGGGCGAAUUCGGCCACGGGGCCUGCGGGAUUCGCCAGAACACACGCGGGACGAUUCGUUUGCGUCCUACGGAGAGCGUAUGUCGCUGCGGCUGGCGCGGAACGGCACUCUCCGGAGAUCGGAUAUACGAUCGACACGUAUAAACAGGCCCCGACGUGCUGCCUCGCCGGCACCUACCGUCUAUUACCCUGCUCCGACGCCUUCCACCGACAUCUCUCUCGCUUCCACAGAUGCUCCACCGUCCGCUGUAAGAUGGAACGGAAAUUCGCGGCUUCAUUUCUGACGACGUGAAUCAUAGAGAUUUUUCUCACCUUGCUCGCAUUGAACCUCCGCUUGUGUAGGUAGUGAAGUGGCAUUACGAAGAACUACAUAAAAAGCGACUCGUACUGCGUAAGAGAUUUAAAAGACAUUCGCCUGAUAAGACGACUAUUAUAUACCUCAUUCAUGUAUAAUUAUUUUGUGACGCCACAAACAAAGAUUUAUGUUAUUCAAAUACAUAGUAUAUAGUUACCUUUUAAGUGACGGUAAAUACCCUGAAAAACUUAAACCUUACCAAAGUUUGUCAAAUAGUUCAAGACAACGAUAUACUUUAUUGUUAUAUUUUGUGAAAAUGUAUGUACGUAUGUAUAUAAUACAAUGUAAAUAUGGCAUUCAAAUGAUAUAUCUAAAGUAAGAGAUAGCAGUCAUGCUCCAAGAGAUCGCUGCGACCAAUAUUGUAUAGUGUAAAGCGAUUCUGUCAUGUUCGACAUGGUUCUCAAUUAAUAAAGGUCCUUUUAAUGUAUCAUAACGUUUACAA